UUUGGUGAGAUUCUUACACAACAUUUCUCUUAAUCUUAGAUUAACAUAAAAAGAAUUUUGAACGACGCAAGCUGAUAUUUAACCACAAGAACUUGUGAGUGUGGAAAAGGAUUUUGUGGCUGCGUAAUCAAAGAAAUGAUUAAUGCUGUGGUUUUCUCCUUAAUUCGCCCUGAGUGCAAACCUUAUAAAUGGCCCAAAAAUCAACUUAAUUUCAGUUUUCCUCCGAGCAAACUUGCUUUAAGAUCUUUUCUAGUGAAAAACUCAUUAGUUGUCUCUCCAUGUUUCUGGCAAAAGUGACUAUUAUCCUCCUCUUUUGCACUCUCGAUGUGCUUGCGCGAUCCCAAGCACAUGAUCAUGGUGUGUUUUUCUCAGACUCUGCAGAAUUGGAGUUUCACGAGGAGGAAGGCGCCAGAAAAUCCCUCAAUCGCCUCAAGGCGAUCCUCCUGAAACAAGAAUUGCCCUUUGACUCGCAAAUUUCCGACGCGUUGCGCGACGAUGAAUUACCGAAGAGGUUCAAGGUGUUGCAUUCACACUGUCCUCACGGCCAAUUGAUGGAUCAUCGCGGAAAGUGCAGACAAGUGUGGUGA